UCGAAGGCAGCAUCAGCACAAACCUCCUGCCGGACACCCUGAAAGCAACAAGCUCGGCUGGACGAGACGCUCACUGGUGCAGUGCCGUACACUGUGAUCUGACGGGAACGUAGCACCCAAACGGGGGUUGUUUGUCCUCAUUAAACGGCCUUCUGAGCUGAUCUGGAGCAAAGAAGAUGUCGGCGGUUUAUAAAGAUGACCAGGAGGACUGGCUGACCGUGUGUCUCAAGUACCUGCUCUUUGUUUUCAACUUUCUCUUCUGGGUGGGUGGAGCAGCUGUUUUGGGUGUAGGAGUCUGGACACUGGUGGAGAAGAGUGACUACUUGAGUCUGCUGGCAUCCAGCACUUUCGCCAUCUCUGCAUACAUCCUCAUCCUGGCCGGCGGCCUGGUGGUGGUUACGGGCUUCUUGGGGUGCUGUGCUGUCAUCCGGGAGCAGAGAAGCUGUCUGUCCACGUAUUUCUGCUUCCUGCUGUUGAUCUUCUUGAUUGAACUGGUGGCUGGCGUACUGGCUUAUGUCUACUACCAGAGGCUGAGUGAGGAGCUGAAGCAGCAUCUCAACCAGACUAUGACAGACAACUACAACCAACCAGGGAAGGAGGCCAUCACAGUAGCUGUGGACAGACUACAACAGGAUUUCAAAUGCUGUGGCAGCAACAACUCCCACGACUGGAUGGCGAGCACGUACAUUUCAUCAGGUUCAGCAGAAGGCAGGGUGGUGCCCGACACCUGCUGCAAAACCAUCACCCCUCACUGUGGCAAGAGGGACCACCCCUCCAACAUCUACAAGGUGGAGGGUGGUUGCAUCACAAAGCUGGAGCAGUUUCUGGCUGACCACCUGUUGGUCAUUGGAGCUGUGGGAAUCGGAGUGGCUUGUCUGCAGCUGGUCGGGGCAGUCUUGACAGCCUGCUUUAUCUAUCUGCUCUAUAAAGAAGAGGAGGACUUCAGUACGUUGUGAUUUAGCUCUAGAGCAGCUUUGUGGUUUAAUCACCUGGAGAGACAAGAUCUGUGGGAUGGUGUUCACCAGCUGCUUGUACAGAAGGAUCAAGAUGGACCCUUACUGAGCACGCCGGGCCCCCCAACACACCACCCUCAACAGUCACAUGGAGCAUUGACCUACUGACAGCUAAAUUUCAACCUCUGAAUCUGAGUCUGAACUCUGACCUGGCGAUCUAAGCCAAGCGCACAGACACAUUUUAGGUCUACAGAAGUCAGAUUUAUGAAGUGAAAUUGUGCUUUUGACCAGCUAGGCUGAUUUUUGGUUCUGUUGUACUGUGUUGCACAUAUGUUACGAUGUGCUUUGACCCAGGCUUAUCUCAUCUCUGAUAAAUGACUCUAAUCUACUGAGACCACAUGUCUUAUUUGUUUGCAUCAUUGCCUUGGCUUAGAUGCAUGCUUCAGUUUGGGCAGGAUUAAAAAGGGGACAUUCAUACAUAAUGAUCCUAAAUUAUUUGACAUGUUUAAACUGUUUUUGGUCAUUGCAUUACCUGAGUAAGCUGACACACGCUGGUGUCACCGUUGACAAUGAAGAAAGUUAAUUUAUGGUAAUAUGAACACAAUGUGCCUCUUUCACACCUCUGCUGGUAAAUGAUUAUGUAUUAAUUCUAUGCCUGAAAUGCUUAACAGGGAGCUGACAAUACACUUUGACAAACAGCAGCAUUUGUAAUCUACUGUAUUUAUAUUUAUAUUUAUGUUUAUGUCUGUUCCAGAAAAUAGCAUCACUGAAUGUUGAACUGAACACCAGUGGUAAUACUCAACCAUAUGUCUGCAAACAUCAAAAUAUUAAUACAGGCAUUCUAAUAAGUAAAGGAAGAAGUGAAUGCCAUUUUCUCAAAUGGUUGCCAAAUCCCUGAAUUUGUAACUCCACCUAGUGGCUGGCACUGGUCACAUACCAUACAAAGUGUGCUUUAACUACAGUAUAUGCCUCACAAAAGACAUUAAAGAUACACAUUACCUCCUGUGAAUUUUAGUUUUAUUUUCUCACUUUCCUUGACAUACUGAGGUUUAAUCCUCUACAGGGAAGAAACUGACAUCUGUGAGAGCCAAAGAAAACUGCUGUUUUCAUGGCCUAAUUCAUCAACUGCAAUAGGUUUUCCCCGUAGACAUUAAAAUAUGGACGCUGUAGAGGUGAUAAUUCUUGCCUUGGCUGUUGUUUAUCAUUAAGAGGAAUACAUUUUCUCUGGAUACGCUUGGUUCUGUUUCAAAGAUCAUAAAGUGAAUGAUCCAUUUGACAUUUUUGAAAUCCUUUGAAACAAUACAAAAUCAUUGCCAAAACUCGGUAUGCUGUAAAGGGACUUAGAGUUUAUGUUUUUUUUCUCCCCUCACUGAUUAAGUUACUAAUGAAGGGUGCUAAAGUAUGUUGAUGGUUUUUGAUGAGAUACUGAUGUAACAUGGACAUGUGCUCCAACUACUGACUACUGCUGUUCAAUUUAUUGAUAUGAAACUUCAUAAAUAAAUGUAUUAAAACAUU